AUGGGUAUCACAAUUCUACCCCCAGUAGUAGAGGACCUCGGUCCCUACCAAUCCGACUCCGAAGAUUCCAUGUCCAUGGACUCCGAUCAAGAUGUUGAAAUGACCGGUGUCUCUCGUCCUCACAAGCGCCCUCGUUUACAAUCAAAGUCCAACAUUGGCACCGGAAUUGUUACCCCCGGUGAAGUUGUCACAGAUGAUCCACAGUGGAUGAGAGGUCACGGUACCUAUAUGAACCCCCUCUCAACAUCCAUCAUUGCCACCGUUGCCGGAACCGUUCAGAAGACAAAUAAGCUACUCUCCGUGCACCCAUUGCGCGCGCGCUACACACCCGAAAUUGGAGAUUUAGUGGUCGGCCGCAUUGUUGAAGUGCAAUCUAGACGCUGGAAGGUGGAUAUCUCUGCGCCAUUGCUCGCACAACUCCCACUCUCCGCAAUCAACUUGCCCGGCGGUAUUUUGCGCCGACGAACGAGUGCCGACGAGCUCCAAAUCCGAACAUUCUUCAGCGAGGGUGACCUGGUCAUCGCCGAAGUGCAGAACGUGCACCAGGAUGGCUCAGCAUCACUACACACACGCUCCUUGAAGUACGGCAAGCUGCGGAACGGUAUCUUCCUCGCUGUGACGGGAACCGGAGGCAGUGGAUCAGCCGGCGCUUCUGUCAAGGGCGGCAUCGGGGCUUCUGCCGCUGUGGGUAGUGCUCUGGCAGCGCCGGGAGGGUCUGGCACCGGUGGUGUGGUGCGGUCUCGUCGACAAGUCUGGACUUAUGAAACUGCCAACGGCGGUGGUCUGGUAGAUAUCAUCCUCGGAGUCAACGGCUACAUCUACAUUUACAAGCACACUGACGGGGCAGAUGCUGCCUCUUCGACUACGGAGAAUGUUUCAAUUACCCGACUCGAAGAGGUGGCAUCGAGUACGAUCUACUCGAGCCAGAACGACGACAUUUCGCCACAGACUCGGAGGGAGAUUGCACGGUUGUCCCAGUGCAUCCAAGUCUUGGUCCAGUAUGGAGUGCGUGUGGAUGAGGAUACAGUCGUUGGUUCUUAUGAGGCUAGUCUCCAGGUAGACCUUGAGGUUGGCGAUGAUGAAGAUGAAGAAGAUGAGUGGCGACAGGAAGGCCGUGAAUAUCUCGAGGGUGCUAAGAGCCGGCGCAUCAUCGAGUUGCUCGGUCAGAAGAAGGUUUAG